AUGCCCCGCAUCAUCUCCAAAAUCAAAUCCCUCGUCUUCAAAAAGAAGCGCGUCCCCCUCGCCUGCGAAAUGUCGCUAGACUCCACGCACACCCACACCGACGCCUGCUUCGUCGAAAUCGCCCCUCUGAGCAUCGUCGAGCUCUUCCAAUCCCAAGGCUGCGAAUCCUGCCCGCCCGCCAUCCCCGCCAUCCACAAAGCCACCGACCACAACCCCAACAUCCUACUCCUCUCCUACGACGUGACGUACUGGGACGGCCGCUCGGGCUGGAAAGACACGCACGGCAACUCCACUUGGGAUGCGCGGCAGCGCGCGUACGUGAUGAAGUGGGGACGGCAGGGAAUUUUUACGCCGCAGGUCAUUAUCGAUGGCAUCUCUGACGGGGUGGGAAGGCAGGAGGGCGAGGUGAAUGACAUCCUCGCCAAAGCCGUCGAGGUGCGCAACAACAUGGAGCUCUCCGUCGGUCUGGAGAAGGCUUCUGGUGCCGACUUGAAGAUCGCCAGCGAGACGGCCGAGACGGAGAAGUACGAUGUUCUCCUUGUCACGUACGAUCCGAAAGCCGAGACGGUCAAGAUUGGCGGCGGGCCGAACAAAGGGAAGAAGGUGGUGCAUAAGAAUGUCGUCAAGGAUGUGCUGAAGAUUGACGAGUGGGAGGGUGGGAAUACGACGGUGGCUUUGCCUAAUUUUGGCGCGGAUGGGUUUGAGAGGGUGGCUCUUUUGCAGCAGGGCGAGGGCGGGCAGAUUGUUGCGGCUGCGAAGGUGUGA